UUUUAUAUUGGCAUAUUUUUAAUUACUAUUGCUUUUUGUUUUUUAUACUAGAUUCUUAAAAUAGAUUAUGAUUAAUUCUAUAUACAUGAUUUUUAUUUGUUUUCUUUCUUUCGUUCAGCUAUAAAUUGUUCGAAUUUAUAAUUUUCUACAUAUUUAUUAAUGUAAAAUCCAAUUGAGAACACUACUAUUAUAAAAUAUAGUACACGAUGAUCCGUGUUCGUGGAAUGAACAUGUCUCUGAUCUCUAUUAGAUCUCCUUUUUUGUUCAAAAGUUUUCCUAGCUAUAUUUGAAUAAUGAUGUUCCAACCACAUGUCAAAAUCAAAAACUUGUUUCAUAGAUUUACCCGCAGUAUGUAAUUUGUCUGUGUAUUGUGAUACAUGUUCAGAUUUCAUUUUAUAGUUGUACUCGUGUUUAGUUUUGUACUCGAGAUCCUGUUUAAUUAGAAUAGUUCUGUCAUAUUGUUUACGUGUAUCAUAUUUACUGAGUAUAUCAUAUGCUUCGGAAAUUUUAUGGAACAUUUCUUUAGCAGAUUUGCUUUUGUUUUUAUCAGGAUGAUAUUUAAGUGUUAAUUUAUAAUACGCUGACUUUAUUUCAUUGUAGGUUGCAUUUGUUUUUACUCCCAAUACCUCAUAAUGUGUUUUAGCUUUUGUCAUCUUUGUACAUACCAAUAAUACAGAUUGUUUAAAACAUUUAAUUAUGUUUUUAUUUACAUUUAUUAUAGAUGCAUGAAUAAACAUUAUUAGACAUAUAUUUUCAAGUAGAAUGAAGAGUCAAGAUUUUGUCUCAUAUUUGCUAUUUAUAACGUAUAACCUAAUCAUAUAAUUAAAUACAUUAUUCAGUAAUGUCUGUACAAUAGUGUCAUGAUAUAAUAUUAUAUUAAUUUGAUUAGUUUUUUCUGAAUUUAAGAAAAACAUAUCAAAAUAUGUAUUUUAUUCUCAAAAAACUUAAUCUUAUGCAAAAUAUGAAAGUUAGAAAAUUUUAUUUAUUACAUUCUUCAUUAGAUUUUGAUACAUGAACUUACAUAAGAUGAUAUACAUAUGAAAAGAAUCAAGAGUUAAAACGCAAAUAGAAGCAGUCAGGUAUAAAUUGAUGUAUUUGACGGAAGUUUAUGAGUAAUAAAACUUUAAAUGAUUUAAAUAAUUUUGCGUUCUCAAGUUCGAAUUUACUCAAGUAACAUUAACUAAAUUAAUAAAAUUUCAUAAUAAAUAAAAUAUUUCUUAAAUUUUUGUUACGCUUAUUUGUUAAAAAUAAAUAAUUAUAACCCGAGUUACAAGUAACUAAAUGUAACAAAUACGAAAUAUUAAAAUAUAAAUGUAUAAUAUAAAUUAUAUAUUAAAAAUAAUAGGGCAGAUACAUGACAUGUAACUAUCUUACGAUAUGUUAAGGCAGAUAUACAAUCCACGAUUCAAAGUUAGUCCAUAAGUGUUUUUAUUUUAUGAAUUAUUCUUUUAUUCUAUAUUAAAACUAUCUACGCAAUUAUCAACUAUAAUUAUGAGUAUAGUCUUUAAGAAUAAUUGAUGUGGUGGAUUCACAUGUAAGUUUAAAUGUAAAUUCUCCAAAAGAUCCAUUAAAUUUAUUUUUGUUGUCAUACGAUUGUAUAGAUUAAGUGAUUAUAAGUAUUAAAAGUUUGUCGUGUAAAAUGUUUUAUACAUAAUUAAAUAUCAAUGUAAUUAUGUGCGUGAUCUAUAGAUGAGACAAUCCAUCUACAGAGACAAUAUGAUUUUUUAUUGAGUUAAAUAAAUAUACAAACACGUAUUUUUAAAAAAUGCCGAAUCGAACCGAAAUUGGAGUUAUUCCUGACAAUUUGAGGCACGAGGAAACUAUAGUUCAAAUAGCAGAAGCUCUUGAUAAUCUAGACUCUGCUGUUAAUUAUAUAUUUGAAUCUAUUGAUAAGAGGCUUUUCCAAAAUGGUCAAAGAUUGUCAAAUGUCAGAGACAGAGCUACGAAACUACAAGACCGAUUAAAAUAUUUGCAAACCAACCUAAAUUUAAAAGCUGUAAAGAUGUAUUCUGCCGCAAGAUAUCCUGCUAGUCAUACGUACAAAGAAUAUGAAUUGGCUAUACCACCUCAGUGUGAUAAUAGCAACAAGAUACCAAAAGUUUACAAAUGUUCCGUACCUAUAAAAGACAUUCCUGAAACGUAUUUAUCUUCUAAUUGUAAAACAGAAGAUGGUCAAUACGUGUCAAAUAACAAUCUGCAAGAAAAGCUGCAAUUUUAUCAUGUUCGAUCUAAAGCUAAUAAAGAAGUUUAUAUAGAUAGCAGUGAAGUGGCAUUUCCUUUUCAUUUGUCUUCAAUCAAUGCGUUGUUGUUUAGUAGCAUGGAUAAUCCACAUAAGGUAUCUGUUAAACAAACUUCUCACAAGUUAAAUGAUAAACAGCAAAUAGAGGAUGCACCAGAUUCAAUUAUACAACCGUGGUUAGCAUCAGAAAUAGAUGCGUCCAGUAGUUAUUUAUAUACACCAACUUUAGGGGAGGUACCACAAAUAAAUGUACCACUAACACUUCCGGAUUUACCUGGAAUCGUGGACGAUGAAAAAUUUGUUCUGGACCUGAAUUCUCAAAGUCCUAUCGCGCCGUCUUCAGCGGUCACUACGCCUACCGUGCGGAUCGAUCUGCCAACUCCAACAACGGAUGAAAAAGACUCGAAUAUAAAACACGACGAAACUAUUCCAAAUUUACCUGGUUUCGCCGAGAUCGAUUUCUCAAAGGAUUCUACGGAGCCUAUUCCACCACCUCCACCGCCGCCUUCGAUCACACCGGAUCACAUAUUGAUUUCGACCUCUUCGGACUUCAAGACCGAUAGUCGUUCCUCGUUGGCCUCGUCGUCGUUAACUCCUUCGAUACCACCACCGCCACCGCCUCCUCCACCACCGCCACCUCCACCUGAAUCCGAGAUUAAUGUUCUUGAGCCUCGGACUGCGGAUUUGGACAAAAAGAAAACUGUCAAAGAUUUGAAUAAAGCGGAUAAGCUAGACAAUAGAUCGAAUUUAAUGGAAGCGAUUCGUAAUGCUGGUGGCAUAGGGAAAGCAAAAUUAAGACAUACCGUGCAACCAGAGGGGAAAGGAAAUCGUUGGUCUUCCGCAUCCGUUGGAGGUGACUUAAUGGCUGAUUUGCACGCAAAACUGGCACUUAGAAGAAAAGGAAUCGCUGGGUCAGGAGGUAGUGCUCUCGAAAGAAUGUCAAGCUUGAUUCCUCCUCCUCCUAAACCAAACGACACAGCCGCGUCAGAUAGAAACUCGGCUACCAGCGAGUACGAUUCCCAACCAGAUACCGACGACUGGGACGAGUAAUGGAUGAACGAAUUCUUUUUUUUUUUUUUUAUAUCAUAU